AUGAAUCUGCUGUACAUUCGAGAUGCGAUCUUCAGGCGAGAUAAUGACGGCAUACUUAUGUCCUCCCGAGGCGAGCAGGGCUUGAUUAUAAGCGUUGUGUUCACGGUCUUGGCAACCUGCUUCGUGAUGAUGAGGAUGUAUACUCGUAUGAAACUUAUGAACCGAGUGGAAGCAAAUGACUGGAUGGUCAUUAUCGCACUGGUGAAUUCAUAUGUCUUCAUGGGCCUCGACAUUAUCGAAGCCGUCAGUGGCAUGGGAGUGCAUUUCAAAGAUAUCCCACCAAAUAUUUUCGAGAGACAGAUGAAGGCUUUCUGGCUCACCAUUCCUUUCUACAACGCCGCCGUCCUCUGCGCCAAAGCCUCAAUUCUGAUGCAGUACUUCCGAGUCUUCCCCACGCACCGCAUGCGCGUCGUAUGUUGGAUCAUGAUCACCAUCCUCGCCGUCUAUGGCACAUGGGCGGUGAUCAGUGCAUUCCUCAACUGCAUUCCCGUGGCCAAAUUCUGGGACGAUUCAAUACAAGGUUUCUGUUUGAACAAGACCAACCUGUGGUUCUCCAAUGCUAGUAUGCAUAUCUCAACCGAUAUUGCUAUCCUGAUCAUUCCCAUCCCGGCUCUAAUGGCAGUCGACUUACCUCGAAAACAAAAGGUCGCUUUAAUGAUCAUGUUCGCCCUGGGUGGCUUUGUCUGCGUCACCAGUAUCAUCCGUCUAGUCAGCCUGAAACAAAUCGCCGAAUCAUCCGAUCCCACCUACGACAACGUCGGCGCCGCCUCCUGGUCCGCCAUAGAAUGCAACACAGGCAUAAUAUGCGCCUGCUUACCAACCCUAAAACCCCUCGUCGCCCGUAUCUUCCCAGGCAUGGUAUCGACCUUCAAUGCCAGCCGCCCCGCCCGCGGCGAUACAACCCGGCGCAACUCCGACUGGAACUGUGAUGCAUCAACCCUCGGCGCCCCCGGCGAAGAACACGAGUACGGCGCCGGUGACCCGGAGCGCGUUCUCGCUCUUGUUCCUAGGACUAGCUUCAGAUCUAGCAUUAAGCGCUGGACGAGAGAGGAAGAUAAGAAAUUGACUCGGAUUAUCUCGGCUCCUCGGCCUCUGAGUCGUCCCAAUACGCUGACGCAUCCUCGUCCUUUGCCUGCCGAUUUGGCGGUGCCGUUUUGA